UGACAUCUACGAAGAUCGGAUUACAAGAUGGCGGUCUGUGGACGUUAGCGAGGAGGCCGUUAGAGUUGUUGUGCUUUCUUUGAAUUUUACUGUUUUAUUAGCAGGCCUUCUACUGAAACCCUUUAUGUGGUAGACGUAAUAUGUUUAUGAACUAGGCAAAAAAAAAUAAUUCUAUAACUGCUGCCGUAAACUUUCAUUAGACGUGCAUGUUUUAUAACAUGCAGGUGGGAAAAAAGUUAACAGGUCGAGGAAAACGCUAGACAGGGCGAGCUGAUAGCCUGUUAGCUCAGACUCGGUUAACCAUGUCGGACACUCGGCGGCGGGUGAAAGUGUACACCCUGAACGAAGACCGACAAUGGGAUGACCGGGGCACCGGACACGUUUCGUCCACAUUUGUGGAACGACUGAAGGGAAUUUCGUUAUUGGUUCGAGCCGAAUCUGACGGUUCAUUAUUGUUGGAGUCGAAGAUAAGUCCGAAUACAGCAUAUCAGAAACAACAGGACACACUGAUUGUCUGGUCAGAAGCAGAUAAUUAUGACCUUGCCUUAAGUUUCCAGGAAAAGGCCGGCUGUGAUGAGAUCUGGGAGAAGAUUUGUCAGGUUCAAGGCAAGGACCCUGCUCUGGAUAUCACCCAGGACCCCAUCGACGAGUCCGAAGAAGACCACUUCGAAGAGAUCCCAGAGACGACCCACCUGGUCGAGCUGCCGCCCUGCGAGUUAGGCCGGCUCGAAGAAAUCGCCGACCUGGUCACGUCCGUCUUGUCCUCGCCCAUCCGGAGGGAGAAACUCGCCUUGGCGCUGAUGAGCGAGGGCUACAUCAAGAAACUCCUGGGCCUCUUCAGAGUGUGCGAGGACCUGGACAACCGAGAAGGCCUGCACCACCUCUACGAGAUCGUGCGCGGCGUCUUGUUCCUCAACAAAGCGGCCCUGUUCGAGGUGAUGUUCUCGGACGACUGCAUCAUGGACGUGGUGGGCUGUCUGGAGUACGAUCCGGCGCUGGUGCAGCCGAAGCGGCAUCGGGAGUUUCUGACCAAGACGGCGAAGUUUAAGGAGGUGAUUCCCAUCACAGACUCGGAGUUGCGGCAGAAAAUCCACCAGACCUACAGAGUUCAGUACAUCCAGGACAUAAUCCUGCCCACGCCGUCAGUGUUUGAAGAGAACUUCCUGUCCACCCUCACCUCCUUCAUCUUCUUCAACAAAGUGGAAAUUGUCAGUAUGUUGCAGGAGGAUGAGAAGUUCCUCACUGAGGUCUUUGCACAGCUUACAGAUGAAGCCACAGAAGAAAGUAAAAGAAGAGAAUUGGUGAACUUUGUCAAGGAAUUCUGUGCUUUUUCGCAAACAUUGCAGCCGCAAAACAGAGAUGCCUUCUAUAAAACUCUGGCAAAUCUAGGGAUUUUACCCGCUCUUGAAAUAGUCAUGGGAAUGGAUGACUUGCAGGUGCGAGCAGCAGCUAUUGACAUAUUCUCGUACCUGGUGGAGUUCAGCCCGUCGAUGGUCAGGGAGUUUGUCAUGCAGGAACCACAGCAAACAGAAGAUGACGUUCUCCUGAUAAAUGUUGUGAUCAAGCAGAUGAUUUGUGACUCUGAUCCAGAGUUGGGAGGGGCCGUCCAGCUUAUGGGUCUGCUCAGGACUCUAAUCGACCCUGAAAACAUGCUGGCUUCCACCAAUAAAACGGAGAAGACAGAAUUCCUGAGUUUCUUUUACAAGUACUGCAUGCAUGUCCUGACUGCUCCUCUUCUGGCCAACACUGCACAUGACAAAAACUCAAAAGAUCAUCCAGAAGGAUCUGCAAAGAUUAACCCAGUUUGUCCAGACAACUUCCAAACGGCUCAGCUGCUCGCACUGAUCCUGGAGCUGCUCACCUUCUGUGUGGAGCAUCACACCUACCAUAUCAAGACCUACAUUAUGAACAAAGACCUGCUCAGGAGAGUGCUGGUGCUCAUGAACUCAAAACACACCUUCCUUGCUCUUUGUGCGCUGCGUUUCAUGCGGAGAAUCAUUGGACUAAAAGACGAGUACUACAACCGCUACAUUAUCAAAGGGAACCUAUUUGAACCCGUCAUCAAUGCCCUGCUGGACAACGGCACCCGAUACAACCUCCUCAACUCGGCCAUCAUCGAGCUCUUCGAGUUCAUCAAAGUGGAGGACAUCAAAUCUCUCAUAGCUCACAUCGUAGAUAAUUUCUACAAAGCACUUGAAUCCAUCGAGUACGUUCAGACUUUCAAGGGCCUGAAAGGCCGAUAUGAGCAGGAAAAAGACCGGCAGAGUCAGAAACUCAACAGGUAUCGUAGAGACGCGCGGUCUAUGGACGAGGACGAAGAGUUGUGGUUCAAUGACGAUGACGACGACGAAGACGGUGAGGCAGUGGAGAGGAGGAUGGACGAGGAUUUCUCCGACAGCUACGAAAAGUUCAUGGAAGCCAAAAAAGGAGCAGCCAACGGAGCAAACGGUGCCAACAAUGGCAAGUCUGCCGCCAUCCCACCUGCCUCGCCAGCCGUCACAUCAAGCAACAGCUCGUCUGCGUCUGUCAAAACAGUUGCUCUUCCUGCCACUCCUGUUGUUAAGACUGCUCUUGUCGGGUUGGUGGACUACCCUGACGAUGAGGAUGAAGAGGAGGAAGACGAGGAGGAAGAGGAGGAGCAGUCUCAGAGAAAGCGACCCCGUCUGAGCUCUUAAGGCUUAUAAUAGCUCUCUCUGGUACGGCCAUGGUGGACGGAUGUGGAGUCCUUCCCAUUCCCUCUUUUCCCUGGCCGUCUCAUUGGUCCUUGGCCUUCUGGCGCCACCCUGUGGUCCCUCAGAGGCGUCGCACUGAGCCAGACGAGCCUCCUGCCUUUCCUCAGUCCUGAACUCUGCUCCUUGUCCCUCUUUGGAAGGAGGUGGAGAGCUUCUCUGGAAAGACAUAUUGCAGUCUAUUUCUAUAGGCUGUCUUUUUCUUUCUUUUUUUUUUUUUAACUUCCCCCUUUUAUUAUUAAACACAUAACUCUGUUUGGGAAAUCCAAAUCUCUUCCAUUUCUUUUUUUACCAUGUUUUUUUCCCUUUCUUUCACCAUUCAACUGUCAAAACAUGACAUGGCAACACCAGUUCAGACACCGUGUUUUUUUUUUUGUUGUUUUUUUUUGUUCCCCUUUGUAUUUCUGUUGCUUCAACAGCCAGAAAGCCUCUAUAUCCAUCUCCAAACCGAACCAGUGAGGCAAGAAGAAGCCAAAAACCCGACCAGCCAGCGUACAAACUGUUCAGCCAGCCGCCCAGGCUAGCGGGACUAGCCCUCGGAUUUGACUGACUGGAGCUGAUUGUGAGCCACCCGGUCAGAUUCAGAGGGAUUCAGGCAGCGUAGAAACAUUAAAUGAAGGGGGGGGGGGAACGCUUAGCUCCAGUAGAGCAGGACUCGAACGUUAAAAAAAGCCAUGGCAUCCGUUUUGGGGGCGAGGCACACAGAACUUUAACACAAUAUUUUGCGGGAUUGUGUUAGCCAGGAGUCUUGCAUUUCACGAGUUUGUUAAAGUACUGUUUCUUUGCCCUUUCUAACCAUGUCACUCCCCUUCCUCGGCGUGGUUUUGAAAGGGGAGGAAGCCGGCCACCUGAUUUUUCUUUUCACAACGCAAAAAAAGAUGGGGGAUCACUGUUCACCCUUUUUUAGGUGAUUUCAUUUGAUUCAGUGUAAACUCUGGAAAAAGUUCAACAUGUCAGUUUUAAGGAUUCCGCAUUAAAACUGUGGCAAUGUCACGUUUGUGGCCAACAUUUUGAGGAUGUCUGGAGUUUUUCUUGUCCAGAAAAACUUUCGAGUUCGGCAAUCUGCAACCGGAUGGUUCUGCUCUGGUUUUGGUUUUAACCGAGUCCGACCUUAAACGAGGGCGAGAAAUUCGACUUUCAGACAGAUCUCAGGUGCAGAGUUGGUUUCCAGGCGACUAAGCAGCUUUUCUCCACGUAUGUUUUUUUUUUUAAAUCUUUUCAUGCAGUUAAAUGAGUUGAAGGAAACGUGCUGCAAUGAUGAGAUGUAGGAACGGGUGAGCCAUUUCUUUAGUUCUGAUUAAGACCUGAUUUGACCCCCUUCACGCCCCUCCUGCGGUUGAGGCAGCGUAGCUUUUUAACGUCAUGUGUUUUACACGGUCGAAAUGCACAACGUCAGAUGAAGGGAUUCAAAACUGUUGGGAGAAUGAAAGCGGUGGGGUCAAAGCAAGUGGAACGUCUGGACCUGAGCGGGGAGCUGGCUUUGCUCCUUUCUGUCAACGUCACCCAAUAAAGACUGAUUCUGCUGAGUCAAUUUGUACCAAGUGCAUUUAGUACCACUAUCCAUUCUUAACAUUUGUAUGAAUUUAUUUGAUAAGUUUUGAAAUUAAAUGUGAUCCUGACAUUGAA